AUGGACGCCCCAAGUGCAGGAAACACCUUUGAGUACCUUAUUGAAACAUUAAACGACAGUUCAGGAAAGAAGUUCUUCAAUGUACCCAAACUUGGAGGCACCAAGUAUGACGCCCUGCCGUACUCCGUGCGGGUCCUGCUGGAAGCGGCGGUGAGGAACUGCGACGGCUUCCUGCUGAAGAAGGAGGACGUGCUGAGCAUCCUGGACUGGCGGGCCACGCGGGGCCAUGUGGAGGCGCCCUUCUUCCCCGCCCGCGUCCUCCUCCAGGACUUCACGGGCAUCCCGGCCAUGGUGGACCUCGCGGCGAUGCGGGAGGCGGUGAAGACGCUGGGCGGGGACCCCAAGAGAGUGCACCCUGCCUGCCCCACGGACCUCACCGUCGACCACUCUCUGCAGAUCGACUUCAGCAAAUGUGCGAUACAGAACGCGCCCAACCCUGGAGGCGGGGACCAGCCCAAAGCAGCCAAGCUCUCGCCGCUCAAAGCGCCAGCGCCGGCCAGGAGGCUGCCCUGCCGGGGCCCGGCCGCCUGCCGGGGGCCCUGCGAGCCGGGGGAGCCGGGCGCGGGCCGCGGCGCCGGGAGGCCGUCCAUGCAGAUCGAGAACACGCCCCUGCUCUGCCCUUUCCACCUGCAGCCGGUGCCCGAGCCUGAGACAGUGUUAAAGAACCAGGAGGUGGAAUUCGGCAGGAACCGGGAGAGGCUCCAGUUCUUCAAGUGGUGUUCGCGCGCCUUCCGGAACGUGGCCCUGGUCCCGCCCGGCACGGGCCUGGCGCACCAAGUGAGCCUGGAGUACCUGUCCCGGGUGGUCUUCGAGGAGGAGGCCCUGCUUUUCCCGGACAGCGUGGUGGGCACGGACUCCCACAUCACCAUGGUCAACGGCCUGGGCGUCCUGGGCUGGGGGGUCGGAGGCAUCGAGACGGAGGCCGUGAUGCUGGGAUUGCCCGUGUCCCUCACGCUGCCCGAGGUGGUGGGCUGCGAGCUGACAGGCUCCUCCAACCCUUUCGUCACGUCCAUCGACGUCGUGCUGGGCAUCACCAAGCACCUCAGGCAGGCGGGCGUGGCCGGGAAGUUUGUGGAGUUUUUCGGAAGUGGGGUCUCGCAGUUGUCCGUGGUGGACCGGACGACCAUUGCCAACAUGAGUCCGGAGUACGGUGCUACCCUCAGCUUCUUCCCUGUGGACAGCGUCACGCUAAGGCACUUAGCGCACACAGGUUUUGACAAAGCCAGACUCAGGUCGAUGGAGACCUACCUGAAGGCUGUGAAGUUGUUCCGGGGUGAGCAGAGUGACGCGGGGCAGCCGGAGUACUCCCAGGUGAUCCGGAUCGACCUGAGCUCCAUCGUGGCAACGGUCAGCGGUCCCAAGAGGCCGCAGGACCGAGUGGCUGUGACGGAGAUGAAGAGGGACUUCCGCACCUGCCUCAGUGAGAAGGUGGGGUUCCGGGGCUUCCAGAUCGCGGCCGAGAAGCAGCAGGACGCCGUCACCCUCCACUACGAAGGGAGCGACUACCGCCUGUCACAUGGGGCCGUGGUCGUCGCCGCCGUCACCAGCUGCACCAACAACUGCAACCCGUCCGUCAUGCUGGCCGCAGGUCUGCUGGCCAAGAAGGCGGUGGAGGCGGGGCUGCGGGUGCAGCCCUACAUCAGGACCAGCCUGGCGCCCGGCAGCGGCAUGGUCACGCACUACCUCAGCGCCAGCGGCGUGCUGCCCUACCUGCGCACGCUCGGGUUUGAGGUCGUCGGCUACGGCUGCUCCACGUGCGUGGGGAACACGGGGCCCUUGUCCGAGGCCGUCCUGAGCGCCGUCAAACAGGGCGACCUGGUCACCUGCGGCGUCCUGUCCGGAAACAAGACCUUCGAAGGGCGGCUCUGCGACUGCGUGCGCGCCACCUACCUGGCCUCCCCGCCCCUGGUGGUGGCGUACGCCCUCGCCGGCACCGUGAGCAUCGACUUCCAGGCCGAGCCCCUCGGCACGGACCCCGCCGGCAAGCACGUCUACCUGCAUGACAUCUGGCCGAGCCGAGAGGAGGUGCAGCGGGUGGAGGAGGAGCAGGUGCUGAGCUCCGUGUUCCGGGCGCUGAAGGAGAGGAUGGAGACGGGCGACAAGCGGUGGAACUCCCUGGAGGCGCCCGACUCGGUCCUGUUUCCGUGGGACGCCAAGUCCACGUACAUCCGGUGCCCCUCGUUCUUCGACAGGCUGACCCGGGAGCCGGCCGCCCCGCCGCCCAUCGAGAACGCACACGUCCUGCUGCACCUGGGCGACGCCGUCACCACCGACCACAUCUCCCCCGCCGGCAGCAUCGCCCGCGGCAGCGCCGCCGCCAAGUACCUGACCCACAGAGGCCUUACCCCUCGGGAAUUCAACUCCUACGGAGCCCGCAGAGGCAAUGACGCAGUCAUGACCAGAGGCACUUUCGCAAACAUCAAGCUUUUUAACAAGUUCAUCGGGAAGCCGGCUCCCAAGACCAUCCACUUCCCGUCGGGGCAGACGCUGGACGUGUUUGAGGCCGCGGAGCUGUACCAGAGGGAGGGCGUCCCGCUCCUCAUCCUCGCGGGGAAGAAGUACGGCGCCGGGAGCUCGCGAGACUGGGCGGCCAAGGGGCCCUACCUGCUGGGCGUGCGGGCGGUGCUGGCGGAGAGCUACGAGAAGAUCCACAAGGACCACCUGGUGGGCGUCGGCAUCGCGCCCCUGCAGUUCCUGCCCGGGCAGAGCGCCGCCACCCUGGGCCUCUCCGGCCGCGAGACCUUCUCCCUGGCCUUCCCCGCCGAGCUGUCUCCGGGAGCCACGCUGAGCGUGAAGACGAGCACCGGGAAGGUGUUCAGCGUGGUCGCUGCGUUCGAGAACGACGUGGAGUUGACGCUGCACCGGCACGGAGGGCUGUUGAACUUCGUGGCCCGGAAGUUCUCCUAG